AAAGUCUUUAGUCAAACGGUAUCACCAUUUACUGGCGCCCAGUGCUUUUUGCCGUCACCUGGUCACACCGACCAUUAUGCAUGCACUCAGGUGUUUAGCCGGCAAUGAAAUACGAAAUGCACUUGGAUCAAGAAUCAGAGGAAACCUCCGAAGCCAACGACGCCUUCUUAGCUAUGUCCUGGGUAUUGAGACCUCCUGCGACGACACGGGCAUCGCCAUCGUGGACACCGACGGUCGGGUGAGGGCGAACGUGCUGGAUUCCCAGCAGGAGUUCCACACUCGAUAUGGAGGGAUUAUACCACCGAGAGCUCAGGAUCUGCAUCGCGCCCGCAUUGAGUCCGCCUACGAACGCUGUUUGGCGGAGGCGCAAUUGCAACCGGAGGAAUUGGCGGCCAUUGCGGUGACUACGCGACCCGGACUGCCACUGAGUCUUUUGGUAGGUCUGCGCUUCGCCCGUCACUUGGCGCGCCGCCUGCAGAAGCCCUUGCUGCCCGUUCACCACAUGGAGGCCCAUGCUCUGCAGGCGCGUAUGGAGCAACCGUCAGUGAUUCGCUUUCCGUUUCUAUGUCUGCUGGUCAGCGGUGGCCAUUGCCAACUGGCGGUGGUCCAGGGACCUGGCCGAUUAGCGCUUCUCGGGCAAACGUUGGACGAUGCCCCUGGCGAGGCCUUCGACAAAAUCGGACGACGCCUGCGGCUGCACAUCCUGCCUGAAUACCGCUUGUGGAAUGGUGGAAGGGCCAUCGAACAUGCCGCUAAGCUGGCCAGCGAUCCCAGUGCUUAUGAUUUUCCACUACCUUUGGCCCAGCAGCGGAACUGCAACUUCAGCUUUGCCGGGAUCAAGAACAACUCCAUUCGUGCCAUUCGCAAACAGGAGUGGAAAGAGCGAACGCCGCCGGAUGGAGUGAUCAGCAACUAUGGAGACUUUUGUGCCGGCUUACUGCGCGCCGUAAGUCGGCAUCUAAUGCAUCGCACCCAGCGGGCAAUCGAGUACUGUAUGCUACCGGAAGUGAGACUCUUUGGCGAUGCACCGCCCACGCUGAUUGUGUCGGGCGGAGUGGCCAAUAACGAUGUCAUCUAUGCUAACAUUGCACAUCUGGCCGCUCAAUACGGAUGCCAGAGCUUUCGGCCGUCGAAGCGGUAUUGUUCCGACAACGGCGUAAUGAUCGCUUGGCAUGGCGUGGAGCAGCUCAUGCAAGAUAGGGAGGGUUGUCUGCGAUUCGACUACGAUCGCAUUGACAUCCAAGGCACUGCGGCUUUUGCGGAAAGCCACGAGGAAGCUGUGACCGCGGCGGCUCUUAAGUGCAAGUGGGUGCAGCCACUGGGAUGAAGAUUGCAUCUGGUUGAAAAGCUAGUUUUUCAGUUUUUACGUUCCUGCCAAGCUACUAGAUGAACGCUUUGGAAAUAAAAUUCUUUAACAUUUGUUUUGUUGAUCGUUAGUUAUCAGAUAUAUAUUUUCCGACCACUUUUUAAAGAUCUUCGUACAGCACACAAAGUUCAAGUCGCUUAGCUUUUUACGAUCUGAGUUGUUGGGCUAUUGAUUAUUGUUCAUUCUUAAAAACGAGCAACAAAGAAAACUAGUUCGUUUUGGAUUUCGUUUUAUUAUAAGAUAUUAUCUGAAAUCAAUUAUGUUAAAUCUCUAAGGUCUAGAAAAAAAUGUAAAAAUUGAUAAUGUAUACAUAUAAAAAUAUUAAAAAAUGCAUUAGUUCGUAUUUUCUUUUCAUCUUUGUUGUUUCUCGCUGAACUACAAUACAAAUUUCUUUCUUGCUGUU